AUGUGGAGUGGCACCGUUCCCACUACUGGUCGUCAGAGGGAAGAUGUCCUUAAAGGUCUGGUCCUUGGGAAAGUGUAUGAUAGUAUUGAUAGUGCUGAGUUAGCGUUACCCCAAUGGGAGACGAGGGGAGAUUGUGUUCUUUUAGAGCUUGGCAUCCACAUAAAAGAAACCUUGUAUAUAAGCGAUACAUUUGUGUGGUACCCCAUCUUGGGUAGACUUCGUAGAGCUGAUUUAAAAUGCCAACAGCGUUCCUUGUUUUUGGAUUUAUUGGAAACAACAUUCAAGAAAGACCUUAACCAUAUCAUUAUACGAUUCAAACAGCACAUUACAUAUCUAGGUUUGAAGUCAGCAACUGCUGUCCAGCAUAUUUUUGAGGAUAAUCAGAAAACUGAUGAGAAUUAUUUAAAAUUAAAGAAUACCCUUAAUAGCAGUAAAUUUUUCUACUUCUUGGCCAUUAAGGAAUUGUGGAUUAUACCUAUAUCAUCCAACAAAGAUAAGCCAUGUUUGGUUAUCACCUCAUGCAAACAAACUUUUCAUUUCAUUUGUUUACCAUAUCUGCGACUCGAAAAUAUCUCCUAUAAGUGGCACCGCCAAAUCCAAACAACACAUCGAGCGAAUUUCCAGCGCUCGGUUUGUGCGCAACUCCAGGCGCCGCGACGCUGCCAUCAGCUGGGGUCUGACGCCCAGUCUCGGCAGGUGCACGGUGCCUGCAACCGGCUGCCCUCAUGGCAGUCCUCCCGCGAUCCUAAAACAUAUGUGAUGUAUUCACUUGAACACGGUGUGAAUCUUUCGCGUCGGGCGUGCACGGCUGGUCUGCUACUGCUAUGGGUUCUUGGGGCCUCCAUGGCGCUUCCCAAACCGCCGGACCAUGCCUCCGACACGGCCGUGCACCCCCCUGUCAAUCGUGGUGCCGUCAACACUCGCGACAUAAAUAGUCUUUAUGUGGGCACAACGCCUAGUCCAAAAGGAAAAGCCGUUUCGGAAGAAACGAUGACGUCCACGUCGACGGCUUUUUUUUCACCACAACCGAAAGAGAAAGAAGUUGAGCGCUAUCCAGUAAUAUCUGUCUCAUUUUCAACAGUCGAAACACCAUUUAUCAUAGGACUGUGGAUAUUUUGUGCCAGCUUGGCUAAAAUUGGUUUCCAUAUGGCUCCCAAAUUAAGCGAGAUAUUUCCAGAAUCUUGUCUACUAAUUUUUGUGGGAGUAGUAAUUGGUGUCAUUUUGGUCCACGUUACUGACAGCGUUCACAUGUCGCCUCUUACACCAGAUACAUUCUUUUUUUAUAUGCUUCCACCCAUCAUUUUGGACGCUGGUUAUUUUAUGCCUAAUAGAUUGUUUUUUGAUCACUUAGGCACAAUUCUACUAUUUGCCGUCAUAGGAACUAUUUUUAAUACUUUAACAAUAGGUGCUUCCUUGUGGGCAGUAGGACUGACAGGCCUCUACUCCUGUGAUACUCCGCUGCUGGACAUGUUCCUUUUUGGGUCGCUUAUAUCUGCGGUUGAUCCAGUAGCUGUGUUAGCCGUUUUUGAAGAGAUUCAAGUUAACGAAAUUUUGUAUAUAGUUGUGUUUGGUGAAUCAUUGUUGAAUGAUGCCGUAACUGUAGUGUUGUAUCAUCUUUUUGAAUCAUAUACGGAAAUGGGCCUAGAAAACAUCGUCUAUCAGGAUAUUUUAGCCGGUUUAGCGAGCUUUCUCGUAGUGGCGCUUGGUGGUACUGUGAUCGGUGUGAUAUGGGGACUUGCAACUGGAUUUGUUACAAAAUUUACAAAUGAAGUGCGUGUCAUAGAACCUAUUUUUAUAUUUGUUAUGGCCUACUUGGCGUACUUAAACGCCGAAAUUUUCCACAUGUCUGGAAUUUUAGCGUAGAGUAGUUAGUCCAGA